UGCGGAGCCCCGCGGCCGGGUCACGUGCCGCUGUUUGGCGCUUUUGUGCGCGCCCAGGUCUGUUGGUGCUCAGAGUGUGGUCAGGAGGCUCGGACCGUGCAGGGCUUUCCUUCCAGUGGAUUGUGUGGCGUACACUGCCAAUCUCUCACCUUCUAGUCACCAUGGCUUCUUCUGAUAUCCAAGUGAAAGAGCUGGAGAAGCGUGCUUCAGGCCAGGCCUUUGAGCUGAUUCUCAGCCCUCGGUCAAAAGAGUCUGUCCCCGAUUUCCCUCUUUCCCCCCCAAAGAAGAAGGACCUUUCUUUGGAGGAAAUUCAGAAGAAAUUAGAAGCUGCAGAAGAAAGACGCAAGUCUCAUGAAGCUGAAGUCCUCAAGCAGCUGGCGGAAAAGCGAGAACACGAGAAAGAAGUGCUGCAGAAAGCGAUUGAGGAGAACAACAACUUCAGUAAAAUGGCAGAGGAGAAGCUGACCCACAAGAUGGAAGCCAACAAGGAGAACCGGGAGGCACAGAUGGCGGCCAAGCUGGAGCGUUUGCGAGAGAAGGACAAGCACGUGGAGGAAGUACGGAAGAACAAAGAAUCCAAAGACCCUGCUGAUGAGACUGAGGCUGACUAAUUUGUUCUGAAAACUGACUUUCUCCCCGUCCCCUUCCUAAAUAUCCAAAGACUGUACUGGCCAGUGUCAUUUUAUUUUUUCCCUCCUGAAAAAUAUUCUAGAAGCUGAUGUAGGACUGUAUAGGUAGAUCCGGACCAGAAGAUGUUCUAGGGGCUAAAGGGGAGAAACUGCAAGUGUUUUACUCUUUUCUAAAGUGUCGGUCUUUCUAACGUAGCUAUUUUUCUUGUUGCAUCUUUUCUACUUCGGUACACUUGGUGUGCUGGGUUAAUGGCUAGUACUGUAUUGGCUCUGUGAAAACGUUCGUGAAGAGUGUGUAGUGGCUUCUUCCAAACUGUUAGAUGCUGAAUAUCUGUUCACUUUUCAAUCCCGAUUCUGUCCCAAUCUUACCAGAUGCUACUGUACUUGAAUGGUUAAUAAACUGCACAGUGCUGUUGGUGGCAUGACUUCUUUCUGUUCAGGUAGUGGUGAGCUCUGGAGACUCUAGGCUUCUAGGCUGAUGCAAACACCCAGCCAGCCCUCUGCUCCCGAGUCCUUUGCAUUGUCUCCUUCCACAAUCAUCACUUUGUGCUGAUGCCUUGGCCCAGAUCAGCUGUUAUUUUCUUUCAAAUGUUUAUUUGACAACAAGCAGUUUUUUGUUCCCAUGGCCCUGUUAAAAAAAGGCAGAUUAGAGGCACAAAUAGUGUUUUCCAGAGAGCAGUUUUAGAGGCAAUCUUGAGAUCUUAGAAUAUUUGCUGGUUUGUUGAUGUUACAUUUGGGAGUGGGGGUGCAUCCUAAUUCCAUCCUUGCAUGUAAGUGAUGUCAGAAUACUAAUAAAACUUGUGCUGUGAAGCCAUG